AUGAUAUUGUGGACGUUAAUAGUUGGAAGUUUAGCAGCCAUAGGGCCUGCAAAUGGUUAUGAAGACAAUUAUGUGAUUGAAGGUAGUGAUCAGUAUGAAAUUGUGAAUUACGAUAAAGCAACAACGCCAUCUUAUGGAUCACCCGCUGCAUUGGUCUAUGGCAUUGACAGUCAUACAUUUUCGGAUGGAUCCAAUAAGGAUGCUGCUCCUGCCACCCGUUCAUAUGGGGCGGAGGAUGUUGUGGAUGAAAAUUAUGAUAUGGGCGCAGCAAAGAGCAAUUUUAAUGCUCUCUCUGGGGGUUAUCCUUAUACAGACAUGUCUUCUUAUGCUGCUGUAAACCCGGACUUAAUUGACUUCAAGUACGAGAAUGGCUACCAUCCAUAUAUUGCCUCUGCUGAUAGCAGCCCAAACUCUGCUUCUUCAUACAAUAAUGCUGAAAAACAUUUAUCAAUAAAUAUUCCUGCAACAUAUGCGCAUGACCCCACUAAAGGUGAUUACAAAGUAUCUCAAAAAGUUCCCUUGAGAUAUAUCAACAAAUCAGCUGGUGGUGCCAAUGAAGCAUACAAUGCUGCAGUCUUAUCAUCUCACAGCGAUGCUCCAUUCUAUAAACCUUCUGCUUACGUAUCUUACCGUUCCAAUACUGCUCCAACACACAAUACUGCUCAUGGGACUUCACCGUACAGUACAUCGUCUACCUCAUCGAAUACGAUCUCUUCAGCUCGAAAUGUUCCAGCUUUUCCAUCCAGCAGCUAUUCUAGACCUUAUAGUGCUCCAGCAGGUCCCUUGUAUGAAACAUCAUCUAACGUUCCAUACACUGCUCCAUCGACUUAUACAUCUCCACCUAUUGCUUAUAAUACUCAAGCCUCUGUAAAUGCCUUCAAUAAUGCUCCUGCUGCUACAUUGCAUAGUAACCAUGGUGUACCCUUGUAUUAUGAUCAAACCAACAGCGCCACUCCUGUUCUGCCUUAUAUUCCUCCCGCUGAGCCUCUGCAUAUGAUGCCUCUUGCUUCAACCUACAGCAAUUCCGCAGUUUCAACCCCUAAAGGAUCGGCUGGACCCUCUUAUAAAGUGAUUUCAAAAAGUGCCAACUAUAAUGCCCCGGAUUCUUCAAUGUUGUAUGGUCCCGCUCCUACACUGAUUUAUGGUCCCCAUACUUCUACGGCUUCCAGUUCAUACAGUGUUCCCACCCACUGGCAUUCAAAAACAUAUUCAUCUGCAGCUGGUCCAACAUCUACACCCAAUGUAUCUGCAAUCUCUUCUCACGCAUCAGAGAAUGUUAACAAUCCCACCACAUAUGUUUCAUAUGGCGCAGGUGCAAAUCUUCCAAUUGAAAUCAAUGCAUCAUCAGGCACCUACAAUAUUUCCACCUUUCCAUCCCAGUAUACUGCUACUGUCUCAUCAGGAUCAUCUGCUGAAGUUGGAAAUCUAUUUACUUACAGCAAGCCCUUAGUCUAUACAAAUGGAACCUACGAAGUCUCGACAUCUGGACAAAGUACUUUAACAGUUGUAUCUUAUAACAAUCCUGACGAUGUGGCACCAACACAAAGUUUAUAUCAAGGAUUGGAUGCUUCCAAUCAAAGUGAUGGUGGUGGCUCAAGUACAGAAGACAGUGCUCCUUCUUCGAUGUUUAACAGUGCUGACUUCUAUACUUCUAAAAAUGUUAAAAGUGCUCAGCCGGAUGAAGUCACAAAAUCCAAUGAUACCAAGGAUUAUCUCGCCCGUAUCGCAUAUUUGUAUGGGGCCAGUGGGGGCUACUCUACAUCAUCAAAUUUAAGCGACACAAAAUCACCAUUUUACAAUGAACCAAAAGAAAAUAGUUAUCGUAAUAGUAGUGUCUUAGGUCAUGAUGAUUCAAAAGAAAUUUCUUCCGAAGAGCCAAGUAGGAAUAAAAGCCAAGCGGUCAGCAAUGUUUCUUCUCAAAGUUCUAAAAGUGAGCAAGCGUCAUUAACGAAGCCUCCAUCAUAUGACUCAACUCAAUCAUGGACUCAGGCAUCUAAUGUACCUUUAUAUGGGACAUACCGUACAUCAGCAGCCGGGAAUCCAUCAAUGAGUUACCAAGAAAGUAGUGCAUCAGCCCAUGAUAAACUAAAAGAAACUACUCCCGGAGCACAAAGAGGAUUUAAAUACCAAGUGCCCACCGAUGUGGCUACUCAAGGAUACAGAUUACAUGAUUCAUCAUAUGAUUCCUCACAAACAGUCCAUGAUAAGCUAAAAGAAGUUUCUUAUGGAGUGCAAAGUGGAUUUAAUAACCAAGAGUCUGCCAGUGUUUCUACUCAAGCAUCCCAAAGAGUUCAACCCACAUUUACAAAGUCACUGUCAUAUAAAUCAUCACAUACAGGGUCUCAAGGAUCUAACCUUGCUUCGCAUGGAGCAUACUGGACUUCGGCUGGCAAACCCUAUAUGAGUAACAACCACUUAGUACAUGAUAAACCAAAAACAGUUUCGUUCAAAGUGCAAAGUGCAAUAAAUAACCAAGAGUCUAGUGAUUCUACUCCACAAAAUGUUGAACCCACCUUGACCAAGUCCACUUUAUAUGAUUCAUCACAAACCAAAACUUAUGAAUUUAAUUUCGCAUAUCCUGCUUUAACUGCCAAUACUCCUAGGAGUUACUAUGACAGUAGUGCCUCACAACAUGAAGAUCCAAAAGAAGUUUUGUCAAAAUUUGAAAGUGGAUUUAAGUAUCAAGAAUCUAACGGUUCAUCUUCUCAAAGUGCUUCAUCCCACUAUGUCAAGACUUCCUCAUAUGAUUCGUCACCAACAGGCUUUCAAGGAUCUAAUGAUGGUUCCAAUGGGGCAUAUGCUGCUUCAGGUGGUAAGCCUCAUGGCAAUGAUAAGCCGGAAAGAGUACCUAGUCCACUUAAUAACCAAGAGUCUAGCGAUGUUUCUUCUCAACCAUCCACAAGUGUUCAAGCGUCAAAGUCCCCUGGCACUCAAGAAUCAUAUAUUGCUUCCAGUGGGGCAUGGGCAGUUGGUGGUGAUUAUAAUUGCAAUAAUUUACGAACCAAUAUCAGCAUUGUAUUGCCAAAUAGUACUACUAUCAGCACUACAGCUUUGCCCAUUACCAAACAAUAUGGGGAAAGUACUUUAAAGCCUGCCUAUGACUCCAAAGAUGAUACAAGUUCUUUGGCUUAUACCACUACUGUCACUCCUUCAAUUAACUCUUCAACUGAGAAAUAUGAGAGAAUUUUUUGUGCGUCUGCCGCCAAAAACUAUGGGCAAGCUACAUAUUCCUCCAAAGCUAUUAACUCUAAGGAAAAUUCUCAUUAUAGCACUCCCGUUGUUCCCACCGCUUCUUUAACAGGUGGGGAUUAUAGUUGGGGUUUUCCUCCCUACCAUUCCAAUGUUCAAGGCCCGGCAGCGUAUAAGUUUCCUCCAAGAGCUCCUUCUCAGGAAUCUGCAAGCCAUAGUUUGCCAUUCCCAGCCUAUCAUGCAAAUGGUCAAAUCCCUCUACAAUAUAAGUUUCCUGGAAGUUAUUCUUCAUAUGAUUACCCUUCAUAUCCUUUAUACACUACCAAAAGAUAUGAUCCUUUUUACAAUGGCCAAUCUCAAGGUAGUUAUGUUGAUGCCAUGCCUCCAUCUUACCUUCCAAAUCAGUCCCCCAAAAGCUAUGUUGCACCAAACUCAGUCGGCUAUGAAACUCCUGGCGCAAGAUAUGUGAGAGGUGUUCAAAAUUACGAAUCAUUAAUAGGUUCUGAACAAUUUUUUAUGAGUAAUAUAUCACCUCAUAUACAUGGCAAUGAAGUGUCUUAUAUACCAACGACGCCAAUUCUUCAAUCUACUGUUCCUCUGCCAUCGGCUGUUCAAUACCCGCCUCCAUUCUAUCCCACUAGCUUACCUCCGACUUCUUUAACUCCUGUUUCUUUGCAGCCAGGUUAUAGUGUUCCAGUUUUCCCAUAUUUCAUGCCUCAAGCUGCCAUUUCUACCAGGGAGUAUGUACGCAGAGACCCAGCUGGGUUUUACAACGAUGAAGAACAACAUCUCUACUCGCCUGCAUACUCGCCUGGCUACAGAAAUCAUGACUAUGCUGUACCUUCUCCGCCUGAGGUUGGAUACAGGGAUUACCGAAAUUAUUAUUAG